CAACAUUUCAAAAGAUACUCCAAAACAAAACGAGUUCUUGGACAGCACUUGACAGAGAGAAACCAAUUAACCAAAACUAGUUCUUGGAUAAAACUUCAAGAAUACCGAAACCCAAUUCGAAUCCGACCAUUAAAAACGCAAAUCCCGACUUUAGAAAAGAAAAAGUAAGAUAAAUUAAGGAAAAUAAAAAGAAUCAAGAAAAAGGGUUUAGAUGAACAGUCUCGCUGGAUUGGUCCUUACGCAGAAAGCUGUAGUGCAGAUGCAAUGUGCUUUGAUUGCGUUUUUAGACCAGUAUUCGAUUUGUUCGCAAACAAAUCCACCCCAUACAGAUACUCUGCAUUUAACGAACGUCAAAUUGUCUGUAGGUGUGGGGCGAUUAGGUAUAUAUAGCUCCGCCUAAUUUCCAUUUGCUCAACCCAACCAAAACCCGGUCUUCUCUCUGUUAUACCCCAAAAGAAUGGCGGGUUUGGGUGAGAAUUCAGGGCCCAAUUCAAGCUUAUCGCCUCCCAAUUCCUAUGCCGCGGUUGUUCUUGGUGGCACCUUCGAUCGCUUACACGACGGUCAUCGCCAAUUCCUCAAGGCUGCGGCGGUGCUGGCGAGUGAUCGAGUUUUGGUUGGUGUUUGCGAUGGCCCUAUGCUCACUAAAAAACAGUAUUCUAGUUUGAUAGAGCCAAUUGAACAAAGAAUGAAAAAUGUUCAAGAUUACAUCAAGUCUGUUAAACCAGAGCUGAUUGUGCAAGUAGAACCAAUUGUAGAUCCUUAUGGUCCAUCUAUUAUUGACGACAAAUUGGAGGCUAUUGUUGUCAGUAAGGAAACGUUGCCUGGGGGACUAUCUGUUAACAGGAAGAGGGCUGAGAGAGGGCUUUCGCAACUAAAGAUUGAAGUAGUUGAUUUGGUCCCCGAAGAAUCUGGUAAGGAGAAACUGAGUUCCACUGCAUUAAGGAGACUUGAAGCAGAGAAGCUCGGAUGUGCAGAGUUCUUGAUUGAUGUUUGCUGGCGGUCUGGAGAAAUUGCAGUCAAGAUGAAUGAUCUUAUGACAAAGUCUUUUUUAAAUUAUGCUGAGUUGAAGAAGCAAGAGCAAUUUCAUAUUGAAGAAUGGAGGGACUUAGAGUUGGGGAAACUCAGCCACACGGAUGAAGACAAUCUUUCCCAAUUCUUCCAAGAAGUCGAAGUAAUCAAGAACAAUAUGCAAGAGAUCACUGAUCUCUUGAUCGAUCUUCAAAAUUUGAACGAAGAGACUAAAUCCACUUACAGCGCAAAAAUUCUUCGUGGGCUAAGGGACAGAAUGGACUCAGACAUGGUUGCUGUACUCAGAAAAGCCAAGAUCGUCAAGACAAGACUUGAAGUGCUCCAUAAAUCCAAUGUGGUCAAUCGGAGGAUAUCUUUGGCAUAUGCAGAAGGCAGUGCUGUUGACCGGACGAGGGUCUCAACUACUAAUGGGCUAAGGGCCAAGCUUAAGGACAUUAUGAAUGGCUUCCAGGCUCUGAGGGAAAAGAUAAUGACAGAUUACAAGGAGGGCCUCAGGAGGAGGUACUAUAAUGCAACGGGGGAGCACCCAAGUGAUGAGGUAAUCGAGAAGAUCAUUUCUGGAAAUGGGAAGGUUGAAAUAUUUGAGUCGAGGACAGAGACAAAUUUGGAGAACAAAGAGAGGCAUGAAGCUGUUAUGGAUAUCUGGAGGAGUUUGAAUAAGCUUCAUCAAGUGUUUCUUGAUAUGGCUGUUAUGGUGGAGACUCAAGGGGAACAGAUUGAUGAUAUCGAGCACAACGUUGCCAACGCAAGUAGCUUUAUCAGUGGUGGUACUACCAGUCUCUUCUAUGCAAAGCAGAUGAAGGAGAGCAAGAAGUGGAUAUGUUGGGUGUGGGCUGUGGUGUUUAUCAUAGUAUUAGUUUGCUUAGUUGCAAUGCUGACAAGUUAAAGACGGAUGGGAAGAUAAAGCAGACAUUCUCAACGAUCCACUCAGAUUUCCAGGAGGGCUGGAAUGUAAACUCUCUUAUAAUAAGUCUUGCCUAGUUUUAGGAGUUUUUGCUACGUUGGUUGGAACUAGUUGAUAUGCAUGGUUGUCGUUUGUCAUCAUAUUUGCACCCCCUAACGUUUUGGUUUUCAAAU